UCGGCUGCUCAGUCUUCGAAACACAAAGCUAACACAGCCCACCAAUUCAUGUUCAAAUUGCUUCUGAAAAUUGAGGAAGGACGAAGUUCGUUGUCCCUCGAGUCGCCACUUUGCACGUAAUUACAAGUUAGUGGCAGUGUGUCCGCCUCUCGCGGUGCCUCCUGCUACCGCCGAUCAAUGGACGCAGCGUGCACGUUACGCGGAAGUAGCAGAGAUGAGCUACAGCGCGAUCUCACCAACACUACUGUUGAAAGAAGCUAAGAGAUGCUCGAGCCUGCAAGAAAACACGACAGGAAAUCUACACUGCUCCGCUCCGCGCUGCUAUAGAGGAAUGCCAGCGGUGUUUUAAAAUAGACAGAUUACACUUCUUGCAAAACUAGCGUGUGUGCUGUGUCAGUGGCAACGACGGAAUAAGUUACCUUGGCCAGUGCCUGAUGUGGUGCCAACUUUGUCCUAGUCCAACAAUGCACACAGACAGGUAAACAGCGACCAAAGCUGCUGCAGCCACACGUGGAUACUUUCUCUAGGGGGAGAGUAUGAAGUAAGCAAGAAUGAGCCAGUCGUCACUUGACAGUUCCCCACAUGAGGAGGUGGCGCUGCAAGAGUCUGGAAAUAUGUUCCCGGCUGAUGUGGUGUGGAAGGUGAACCUCCUCAUCGCCUUCACCAUCUGGAUCAUCCUGAUGAACGGACUCCUAGUCCUGGGGCUGCUUAAACGCAAGGACCGUCGCAACAACACCUACAACUUCCACAUCAUCAACCUCGCCAUGACCGACUUCCUGUUUGGCUGCACUGUACUUCCGGUGAAAGUGGACAUGUUUGUGACUGACAUGUGGAACUUCGGCGCGGAGAUCUGCCAGUUCUGGCUUAUGAUCGACAAGCUUCUCACCACGGUGUCAAUUCUAAUUGUGUUAGUGUUGGUAGCGGAAGGCUCUGUUGACUUGGCGAUCCCAGAUCUUAGUCCAGGAUCAACGCUGCCUCUGUGGGCUGUACUAAUCGCCGGACCAUGGAUCAUCGGGGCAGCGUUCAUCAUACCAUUCUUCCUAUUGCGAGCUGAUUUCAGCAACAUACCUGUCUGCAAGGCGGAGUUUUCCGAUCUGGAGUUUGUCAUUCCACUUGUCACGUUUAUUGUUCCAGCCGCCGUGGUGCUGUGUCUCGCGCUGGUUAUAAUAAUCAUGUUGUUCCUACAGCGCCCCCCAGCGGCCAUCAUGCAUUCUCAGGAACGCCGUAAGACGGUGCGACAACAGACAACAGCGUCGUGUGUCAUCUCUGUGGUGUUUGUUCUUAUGUGGGCGCCGUAUGGUGUGACACAGUUCUUGUCUAGUCUAAAUCUCGGUGGUCAUCCUUCCUUCAACCUCAUGCUAUGGGUCGCCUAUGCCAACUCCGCCAUCACGCCUCUGCUAUGGCUCAUCCUCCCUGAUGUGAGACGCGGGUUCCGGGACAUGUGUUGCUGCUGCUGUUACUGUUGCUGCAGAUCACGCGACCCAACAUCAUUGCCGCGAUUGGAGGGGUCCAGCAUGAGAGUUAUAGAGAACAAAUACUUUGUGUCAGGCAGACUAAGCAAUAUCCAGGAAAAUGAAAGUCAGACAUUUGUGUGACCCUCUAGAACAUGUCUCCCGUGUACAGGGAUGUUGCAUCUAUACUGACUGUUGUGAAUCUGUGUUGUGAGAAGCUUCUAAGAUGGAUCGUACACCAUAUGGGCUGGCAUGUAUAUACGUGAUAACACCCUACCACGAUCACUUGGGACGUGUUUGUAUGUUGCAUGUGGAGCCAUUACAUGAAGAUGUGUUGUAUGUUGUGUGAGUGUCUAGGUCAGUUAUGCAUAUAGCUUGUAAACCUACAACGAUGAGUGGACAUUCAGCGCCUAACCAAACCCGAUCUGCAGACACUCUAACAUAGUGGCGGGAACAGUGGAUUACCAUGUCAACUACAGUUGGUCCCAGUGGAGACAAAUGUUAAUGGAUACUUCUAGAAACCCCUCGAAACAGAUACAGUUAGAGUGGCGUCGGGUAGCCUAAUGGUUAAAGCGUUCGCUCGUCACGUCGAAGGCCCGGGUUCAAUUCCCGACAUGGGUACAAUAUGUGAAACCCACUUCUGGUGUUCAUCGCCAUGAUAUUGCUGGAAUAUUGCUAAAAGCGGCGUAAAACCAUACUCACCCACUCAUAUACAGAUAGCUACCUAGUUCCCCACGACCUCCCACACCCCACGCCCUCACCCACCCCACGCCCAAACACCACGAGCAUCACGACCUAGCCGUUAUAUCAGCAUUUGAGCGAGACUCUCAUUACGGUGUAAGUCGAGUGCAAGCACACUUGGUACUUGUACAUUUGCGGUUUAUGUUAUUUAUUCAUCGACGACAGUGCCAUCUUCACGAGGCAAGGGAGUUAACUGACGACGAAAGUCCUUUUUCCACCCUUGCAUAAAGAGGCUGGUAUUUCUUGGCUUAAUCGUAGCCCCACCAGUGUCCAUUACGAGUUUAGUCCGUUCUAUGUCCCUCCUAUUGACCAAUCAGAUCCCACCCCACACAGCACUUGCAUUUGCUUCAAACAAAAUGGCGGCGCGCAGUCAAGACGAUCUAUUGUAGAAAACGGGGCGUACCUCGCGAAGUGCAUCAAAUCAUUUGAGGACCCUGGUUAAAAACAUGAAAGGAUUUGGAAAAUAUCAGUCGACGCUUAUUUGACAGUACACAUGCUUUGCAAAUCCCGCAGUCGACCGAAAUCUGCAGGUUGAAAUCCAUGUUUAUGAUGUCAAGUUUAUUGCGCGAUAUGGAUUGGACUAUGAAUAGACUCGUUAGUCCAGCCAAAAUGUAACUCCAGAAUUUCAGCCUCGUUUGGCAAGGAUGGAAACUGGACUUUAACAGUCAGUUAACUACCUUGCCUUGGGAAGAUGCGACAGUGCACGACUACGACAUUUAAGUUGUUACUUAGCUUUUUAUUAAAUGGUGGAUUACAAUA